AUGGCGGACGCCGAGGAGGUUGAAAGCGUGGAGACGACCCCAGCCAACGAUGUCGUGGUCACUAAAUAUAAGAUGGCAGGAGAUAUGGUUAAUACCAUCCUGAAAGAAUUGAUUGCCAAGGUCAAAGAUGGAGCUACAGUCUUGGAACUGUGCGAGUUUGGUGAUAGACGCCUCAGUGAGGAAACAUCCAAAGUCUUCAAAAAAGACAAGGAAAUGAAAAAGGGUAUUGCCUUCCCUACAUGUGUGUCCGUCAACAAUUGUGUCUGCCAUUUCUCCCCACUCAAGUCUGACCCAGACUUGAUUCUGAAAGACGGCGAUGUUGUCAAAAUAGAUUUGGGUGCUCAUGUUGAUGGCUACAUAGCAGUGGCAGCUCAUACUGUUGUUGUUGGUGCCUCAAAGGAGAAUCCAGUAACUGGAAGGAAGGCAGAUGUCAUCAUAGCCGCACAGAAAGCUCUAGAGGUGGCUCUCAGACUUGUAAAACCUGGAAACACGAAUUACCAAACAACAGAUGGUAUUCAGAAAGUUACAGAAGACUUCAAAUGUAAACCAAUUGAAGGAAUGCUCUCCCAUCAGCUUAAGCAGCACAUUAUUGAUGGACAGAAAGCAAUUAUACAGAACCCAAGCGAAGCUCAGAGGAAAGAUCAUGAAUCUUGUGAGUUUGAGGUCCAUGAAGUAUAUGCAAUUGAUAUACUGGUCAGCUCCGGUGACGGCAAGGGAAGAGAGUUGGAUACAAGAACCACAGUGUACAAAAAGAAAGACAUUGUAUACCAGCUGAAAAUGAAGGCCUCUAGACGUAA